UACGUUCAUUGCGGCCUUUGCCGCUUCUCUGCGGGAUCCGUAAAUUCUUCGUAAAUAUUUAUAAACGUGAUAUUUCUAUAUUAGAAUGUUGUGAAUCUUAUAGAAGUAAAAACUUGGUUACCGAAAACAUACUACAGGAGUUACAGACCAUCUAGAACUCUUGUAGAAGCGUGAAAAAAAAAAUUUUAUCCUGAAUUGAUAAUCAAGAGCAUAUCGAGAGAAAUAAGAAGUACCAAACCAAAACUCGGCACUUGGCUCGAAUGUGCAGCGCGUUAUGAGCUUUAUGCGAGACGACCGAGUUUACGUAUUGUUCGUGAUCGACAUAACCUCGUAAUUAUUCAUUGAACUUGGUCGUCCACUGCUAUCGAACAAUUAAUAAUACGCGUUUAAUACAAAUAUCCGUUAAAUUAAAUCAAUCACAAGAGGUAAAAGCUACCAUUGAAUGCCGAAAAAACAUGCUGGAAAAAUGUCCAUAAUGACCGAGAACAAUGUUUACGAAUGUCCAAGCGAGGAACGCGGAUCGAGUGACAAAUUAUGUUUCCGCGUUUACGAAAACUCUGGACAAUUUAUUUAUAUGCCAAAAAUGGAUGAUGACUGUAUGGAAAUGGAGUCGAACAUCGAGGAACAAAUUGGCCCAGAAAAAAGCGGUGCUAUAGUGGAGCACAUACCUAACUAUCACGAAGCACAACAUUCUCUGAUUUACCGCGGAGAUCAGAUUGACGAGUUCCAAGAGAGUAAACUAUGCCAUGAUUCUUUUACAUCUCUGGUUCCUUCCGAUCUCAAAAUGGAGGAUCAAUGGGAAGAACAUAAUUCAUACGACAGCUCGGCUAUGGAUGACAACAGUUUUGAAGAAAAACACUUUUCCGAGUCUCACUACGACGAGGACGACCUUGUUACUGGUGCCAGUAUUGGCGCUGACAACGACGAUACUGAAAAUCUUGAUGAUUCAGAUGAGGAAACUAUUGCCACAUUUCUGACUGCCGCUGGCCAAAGAUUGGCCCUGUAUGCCGUGGAAGAUUCCGACCAAGUUUUUGCAGUAGCUGUCUAUGACGAAUCAGGAGCACCUCCGACCAAUUUCCAAUUUCUUGUAAAAUCUGAUGUAGAGAGAUUGAUCGGAGAAGGUGCAGUAAAAACUGUAAAAAAACCGACGCAAAUGAAAAAGCAAUUACUAACGAACGAGUCGCCUCUGCAGGCUCGACCGCCUCUGCAUUACACGGACCAACCUUCCGAGAAUAUUCGACUCAGAAGUGAUCAUCAACACGAGUACGAUAAUAAACAAUCGAAAGAAUUAUUAAUGGCAAUAUCAAUAGUUGAUGAAAAAGCUCGGCUUCUGGAAUCUUACAAAAUGGUCGAAAGCACAAACGAAAAAUCCCGCACAAUUUCGUCGUAUUCUCCGGUCAACGAUAUCGAUCGAUACGAGGUGUCCGAGGACGAAUGUGCAAUGGAAGAAGAAAAAUUUAUCGUACCAUCAACCGUUGAUGACUUGUUUAUGGAGGAAGAAAAAUCUGAGGAUGAAUUGACAUUUGCCGAUAUCGAAGAGAGCCUUGGAAUGUUUUCACCGAGUGGAAAACGAUCCCCGAUGUUGUGUCGGAGUUCAAGGUCCAGUUGGCAGGACACAUCGAUAGAAAGCGAGCCUGAAUUCGCUUUUCACGAAGAGGAACCACCGAAAAUGGAUUGUACUCGGAAAGAUGUACUUCCAAUUGUGAAAAAAGAACCGAAGAACGAAAACAUUGCAAAAGUCGGAGCGACGGUGAAUUCGUCAAUGAAAGUAUGGAAAAGAACGAGUUUGGUGCGCAACAGCCACGCCGCAUCGUCGAGUACGUUAUUAGCUUACAGAUGCAGCGACAGUGGCGUCAUAGAGCAACGAGAAGUAAGCAGUGGAGCAUCAUUGCUCAUCGGGAAUAAUGAACGAACAAAGUCUAUUGCGAACGAGCCAGAUCAUACCCCAGUCGUCUUAACCGGAAGCCCGAAGGCAAAAAGGCCGCGGAAACAACAGUUGACCUCGGUGAAUCGUGGCGAUUCCGAGAUUAUAAUACAACCAGCAACGUUUCCGAACGAGGAUGAUGAGGACGAGGAGGACGCAGGAGGAUUCAGAAGGAAAAGGAUGUAUCGAAGAAAGCGCAAACAGGUGCGUACCUCCGUGCGUUACAAAAUGAAAACUUCCGCCACGAAGAGACGAGGUGGAAGUCGACCGCGAGGAGACAGGGCGCAACCAAAAAAGCAAUACGAGAUCAUAGAAAUCGACGUCGACGAAGAGGAUCGUUUGAGCGGUAGCGGUGGGUCGAAAAAUAAAAACAUCGUGGAAAUAACGCUCGACGAGAGCAGAGAAAAGGGUUCGAGCGACAAGGAAAAUCAAGUUAUAAUGGUCGGGGAUUCGGAUGACGACGAGGACGAUGACGACGAAGACAUAACCAGAGCGGACUCUUCCAAGAGCAGAUCGCCCGCCGUUGCGUCGCUCAAGUGUGAAUAUUGUUCCCGAACUUUCCGGCAAAAGAGAGCGGUGAAAACACACUCGCGCCUGUGCCCAAAGUCGCCCAAGAACAUCAAAAGGCUCGAGGAAAGAACCUUGAGAUCCAACGAUUCUUCCGUACCUAAAAAAGAAUUUUCUUGCAAAAUAUGUCAAGAAAAGUUCGACGUAGUCGUUGUACUCGCGAGGCACGUCAAGUCGAUGCAUUCGAUGCGAAAAAAACCAAAUUCGUCACAAGACACGAGCAAUACAACGGCCGCCGCGACCUCAGCGACGGCGACUACUUUGAAUAAAACGCGAAAGGAACGCGGCAGUAAAAGUACCGAACAAAAAAUAGAACUCGACGAACCAGUAACUUGCGCUUCGUCUUCGGCAACAGCGGCUGCCGCCACGACCGUACGGAAAGGACCAAGAAGAAGAAGGAGAAGAAGAAAGAGAAUAAAAACUAAUCAGGGCUGGAAAGGUCAAAAAUUACAUUGCUCCGAUUGUGCAAAAUGGUUCUCUAGCGCCGCAUUGCUAGCUUCUCACUCGCUUCAACACGCCACUAAAAAAUCUGAAAAACAGAUUCGUCGAUGUCAGACGUGCAAAAAAAUGUUCAAAUCAAAACUGCUGUACAUUCGCCACAUGAGAAUGCACAGUAGGGUUAAAACAUUGCAAAAAAAAUUACACCACACGCGACAGGCGAGCGUUAAACUUGCGACACUAAGAAAACACGGAAGCAGCCGACCAAGAAAGCUUCGAUCUUCGAGCGCCUUAAGUGAUAUUUAUCCAUAAUGUAGUCUCGCGAUUAAUGAGAUGUAUAUUAAAAUGUGUUUUUUUUUCUUUUCCUCCUUCUUUCGUUCUCAUUUUUCGUACUUCCUCACACACAGUUGUUUUCAAAACAUGCGUGUGAUUCUCUACGAAUUCAUCUCGCUUUUCUCUACUCUAGCUCGAUAUUAUUUUUUAAAGAUAAUUAUAAUUUGUUGAUAUGACCGAUAUCCAUGGAGCAGGGAAUAAAACGCGUAAGGAAACAUCGUCUACGAUGACGGGCUCCCGCUCCCGUCUGUGCCGCUACUGUUGUACUAUAGUAGCUAAUAUUACGUGUAAAUACGCUAAGUAUAUAAUAGAAUCAUCUCGAAAACAUACGCGAUGGUGUCAAUGAAUUGGCGAUGUAAAGUUACAGAGCUGUUCUGAAUAAAUUAUGUCAUCAAGACGCUUUUGAUCCUGAA